UUUUGCUAUAAUAAGCACGCUGUCUCAAUAAAUCGGGAUACACAUUCAGCGUACACCAAAUCGUAAUGGUCUAUGUCCAAUUGGGUUUAGAGGAAUAAACAGGUCUGUGAUGUUAGCAAAAUUCCAGCUUCAGCAACUAUGGCGAUAUCGUCAACAUGGCGGCACAAUGUCUUCAGACGCAGAUUUCCGUUACUGGUUUAAUUCUGUCAAAUGAAAUGUGGACUGUAUGCUGGAUUACGUAUGCGUUUGACUACUAGCAUAGGUGAAAAUUGUCAAUGUUUGCAUUUCCCUUCCCACUACCAUGAAUUAUUUGUAUUCUGCGUGAGCAGCUUAACUAGUGGCAAGGAGAUGCGCUUUAUUUUCAAAUGUAAUGCGGCCUUAUGUAUCUUUGAAAAGUCGUACGUCUAGGUCGACAUUAGGUUUGUUUAUCGCCCUGAGCCCUAACAUUUUCAGUGCUAUGUCUAUUAGGCUGUUUGAUUGUUUGACCGUAGCGUAAUACAGAUUGUUUUACCUACACGUUGUUAGACUGUUGGACACUAUCAAUUUAGCAGCGCCACUUUUAUGAACUGUAUACGAAAUUCGCCGUUUGAUUUGCUUUGCUUUGAUCCACCGUUAAAACAGUUUAUAUUUCAAGGAUGUUUGAGCUAUGAAGGCAGGCUAUUGAAUGCACCCUGAUGAGGUUCUCGCUUUGGUAAUGUCACGUGAUUAGAUCUCAGACCAGAAUAAUGACGUAGCCAUCGCUUAAUUUGUCGCAUAGUCUGAUGUAUACGGAUGUGUCUAGAAGUGAAUUACAGCUGUGGGGGGAAAAUAUUUCGCCCUGCACGGUUAAGUUAACCAAAUGGAUAUGCUCGCCCCCAUGCGGCUAUACACACUCUCCAAGAGACAUUUCGUGUUGGUUUUUGUGUUUUUCUUGAUAUGCUUUGGACUGACAGUCUUCAUAGGUAUAGCAGGCCCAAGAAUCAUAGAAGAGACCAAAUACCCUGUGUUCACCAAUGCAGCAAACGGUUCAAAGUCUGGACCAUUUAAUUUACAUUCACCACCACUGUCCACCUACAACCAACAGUUAUGGCUAACCUGUAUCAUCCAAGUAGCCCAAAGUAACGUGGCAGACUUCAAACAGCGCUUUCAGAUGAAUGUGGAGUUAAAAGGAGUCAUGCAGGAUGCCAGCGUCAUGCAUAUCAGUGAUGACGUGCACCUCAGGUCACGCAUGCUGCACUGUGGAGCUUCCCAGAAGGGUUGUGAUGAGAUCAUUGUGAUGCACCUGGGCUACCUGAACUACACCCAGUACCAGGUCAACGUUGCCCUGAAAGGCUUGGAGAACCUCACGUAUGACAUCCGAGACGUCACGUUUGUGUGGAAAAGGUACAACCCUUCCUUUUCACAAGUGGAGAUCUGGUUCCGAUUUGUGUUCGUUGUUUUGACCUUCAUGGUAACGUGCAUGUUUGCACAUUCCUUGAGGAAAUUCUCCAUGAGGGAUUGGGGGAUUGAGCAAAAGUGGAUGUCAAUUCUGCUGCCGUUGUUGUUGCUUUAUAACGAUCCCUUCUUCCCAUUGUCAUUCCUGGUGAACAGCUGGUUCCCCGGGACCCUAGAUGCCUUUUUCCAAGCCCUGUUCCUCUGUGCCCUGCUGCUCUUCUGGCUCUGCGUGUAUCACGGAAUACGUGUCCAGGGAGAGAGAAAGUGCCUGACAUUUUACCUGCCUAAGCUGCUCAUUGUUGGGCUUAUCUGGCUAUCGGCUGUAACACUGGGUAUCUGGCAAACGCUGAAUGAAUUGCAGGAUCCCACAUACCAGUACAAAGUAGAUAUUGACAACUUCCAGGGCAUGAAGAUCUUCUUCCUGUUGGUGGUGGUCCUCUACGUCCUCUACCUGGUGUUUCUGGUGGUCAGGGCAUGCUCAGAGUUGAAGCAUAUGCCUUACUCAGAUCUUCGGCUGAAGUUCCUGACUGCUCUUACAUUUGUUGUGCUGAUUAUUAGUAUGGCCAUACUCUACCUGAGGUUUGGUUCCAAAGCUCUACAAGACAACUUUGUGGCUGAGUUGUCUACCCAUUACCAGAACUCUGCUGAGUUUUUGUCCUUCUACGGUUUACUCAACUUUUAUUUGUACACAUUAGCCUUUGUGUACUCUCCAUCCAAGAAUGCCAUGUAUGACUCCCAGUUGAAGGAUAACCCUGCAUUCUCCAUGUUGAAUGACUCUGAUGAUGAGGUCAUUUAUGGGAGCGAUUAUGAAGAGAUGCCGCUUCAAAAUGGCCGUGCCAUCAAAACCACUUCGAAGUACCGAGAUGAAACGGACAGUGACUAAUCCAUCCUGUGGUGUCUCUGGAUUUUGACUGACCAUCAGACUGCACAUCUACGGAACCACAGUGUAAAUAUAGUCUUUGAAAAGGAUGUAAUAUAUAAAUAUAUUUUUUAAACAAGGAAAACAAACUACAAGUUUUGUGCGAAUGUAAGAAAAGAAAAAGAAAAAAAAAACACUUGCAUAAGGAGUUUUUUCCCCUCCUUAUGGUAUGGACCGAAUGUAAACUUACAACUUAUUUGCCAUUUAUCAUGCCUACAUUUUUUGGUUUGAGAUUUUCAAUGGUAAUAAUGGUUUGCAGCUUAAGCGCUAAAAACUAACCUCAUCACUUUGAAUAUCAUUAAAGUAAAUCUAUGGGUUUUAAGGUUCCAAAGUAUGGGUUGUUAUCUUGAUGGCAAUUUAAAAUCUACUUUCUAAACUCUCAAGUUUCUGGUGUUUUGCAUCUUAAGUAUGAAUUUAUAAAACAAUAGAACUUCAGAGGAUGUCUCAUCACUGUAAAUAUGUGCCAAAAACACGUCCAGCCAUCCACCGCCUCCUCUCACCAUGCAGUGUAGUGGGUUUGAACUCUUCUGUCUGGAUGUUCUGAUAGAUUAUCAAAUUCAUCUCGAUGUAAAUUUGAAUUUAGUUUUGCCAGGAAGAAUGUUGUACAUCUAUAAUUUGGUGUAAAUGUUUGUUGAGUUUUGCCAAUUCAUUCCUUUUAUGCGACUUUAAGCCAAUGUGCUGUAAGUGUGGACCCAAAUAUUUAGGCCAUUUAUCCUUUUUUCAUGGCCUGUAAUUUUUCUAUUGCCUUUCUAUUUAAAUGUGUCUGUGAUGUCACAUUCCACAUCUGUAUGCACUUUUGAUUUUGAGGAUUUUUGUCCUUUUGUGUAUAUAAGGCUUUAUGUGCGUGAACUCUUGGUUUUGCUGUAAGAUCUGUCUGCCCUUUUCAGAAUCUGAUAUUUUACUCUUUUUAUUUUCAUAUCAAGCCUAGCACACAGUCAGAUCUCAUCACUAACAGUUUGAUUGAUAACGGUUGGCAGUUUUGAACACUAUUACCAUCUGUUGGACGUGGAUUUCACCACCAAACAUUUUGACUUUUUUCACUCCAUACACAUUACAGAGUUUUUCUUAAAGUGAAAUUAUGAAUUAAGGAAUUUUGAAAAUUGAACGUGCCUUUCUUUUUAUUUGCACAGUAUUACUCCUUCAAUAUGUCUUUGUCAGGUUUUCUGUAAAGACAAAGAACUUUAUCCAUUUACCCAUGGAUAAAAAGGCUGCUAGUGAGGUGGAUUUAAAGGGAAUAAGGGAUAUUACUAACCACCAACUGAAAGUCUUAUUCUUCUUGCAGUUUGUAAAACAAAAUCACUUGUAAAUAUAAUGCUGUGAUGUCAAGUAGUCAUUAAAGUUCAAUUUUAAAAGCUUGCCUGAAAAGGCUUGUA